UCACAGCUUGUGUCAUUCAUCAGCGCCGACUGGGAUGUAAAGUCACGCUCAUGGCGUCGUCGUCUACAGCUGUGAUUCUGGCUGUCCUACUCAUCGGCCUGUCUUCUACCGAUGUUCCUCAUCGCAUAGAAAACUACAAUGUAGCAGAAAAUGCCAUCUCUACAGCAACCCCAGACCUGGGUGGGACCACUGACCUGGUUGGUUCCGCAACAACUGAGACACCUGAUCUGGCCACAACCGAGCCAGCCGUUCCAGGCACAACGGAGCCAGCCGGUCCUGCCACAACCGAACCAGCAGGUCCGGCCACAACCGAGGCACCUGAUCUGGCCACAACCGAGCCAGCCGGUCUGGGUACAACCGAGCCAGCUGGUCCGGGCACAACUGAGACACCUGAUCUGGCCACAACCGAGCCUGCCGGUCCAGCCACAACCGAGCAAGCCGAUCCAGGCACAACCGAGCCAGCCGGUCCAGGCACAACCGAGCCAGCCAGUCCUGCCACAACCGAACCAACCGGUCCGGCCACAACCGAGGCACCUGAUCUGGCCACAACCGAGCCAGCCGGUCCGGCCACAACCGAGGCACCUGAUCUGGCCACAACCGAGCCAGCCGGUCCGGGCACAACCGAACCAGCCGGUCCGGCCACAACUGAGACACCUGAUCUGGCCACAACCGAGCCAGCCGGUCCGGCCACAACCGAGCCAGCCGGUCCGGGUACAACCGAGCCAGCCGGUCAGGGCACAACUGAGACACCUGAUCUGGCCACAACCGAGCCAGCCGGUCCAGGCACAACUGAGACACCUGAUCUGGCCACAACCGAGUCAGCCGGUUCAGGCACAACCGAGCCAGCCGGUCCGGGCACAACUGAGACACCUGAUCUGGCCACAACCGAGCCACCCGGUCCAGGCACAACCGAGCCAGCCGGUCCUGCCACAACCGAACCAGCCGGUCCGGCCACAACUGAGCCAGCCGGUCCGGGUACAACCGAACCAGCCGGUCCGGGCACAACCGAGCCAGCCGGUCCGGCCACAACCGAGCCAGCUGGUCCGGGUACAACCGAGCCAGCCGGUCCGGGCACAACUGAGACACCUGAUCUGGCCACAACCAAGCCAGCUGGUCCGGGCACAACUGAGACACCUGAUCUGGCCACAACCGAGCCAGCUGGUCCGGGCACAACUGAGACACCUGAUCUGGCCACAACCGAGCCACCCGGUCCAGGCACAACCGAGCCAGUCGGUCCGGCCACAACCGAACCAGCCGGUCCGGCCACAACAGAGCCAGCCGGUCCGGCCACAACCGAGGCGCCUGAUCUGGCCACAACGGAGCCAGCCGGUCCAGGCACAACUGAGACACCUGAUCUGGCCACAACCGAGCCAGCCGGUCCAGGCACAACCGAGCCAGCCGGUCCGGGCACAACUGAGACACCUGAUCUGGCCACAACUGAGCCAGCCAGUCCUGGCACAACCGAGCCAGCCGGUCCGGCCACAACCGAGGCGCCUGAUCUGGCCACAACCGAGCCAGCCGGUCCGGGUACAACCGAGCCAGCUGGUCCGGGCACAACUGAGACACCUGAUCUGGCCACAACCGAGCCAGCCGGUCAAGGCACAACCAAGCCAGCCGGUCCUGCCACAACCGAACCAGCCGGUCCGGCCACAACUGAGCCAGCCGGUCCGGCCACAACCGAGGCGCCUGAUCUAGCCACAACCGAGCCAGCCGGUCCGGCCACAACCGAGGGACCUGAUCUAACCACAACCGAGCCAGCCGGUCCGGCCACAACCGAUCCAGUGGGUCCGGCCACAACCGAGCCAGCCAGUCCGGGGACAACUGAGCAGCUAGAGACCACCGCCCCCUUGAGUACAGUACCACCAUCAUCAACAGCAGAACCUUCAUCAGAUCCCAUACCUUCACCAAAACCCACCACAUUAGCUCCAGGGACAACAACAACAAUUCACUGCCAAAACGGAGGAACGUUAAUUGGCGGCAUUUGUGCCUGUAUCAGCGGAUUCCAUGGAAAUGCUUGCCAGUUCCUGAACGAAACCAUAUCGAUCGAUCACAUCGAACGUUUGGUGAAAAUUCAAAUGGUGGUCAACCAGGAAUACAACCCCAAUUACGACAACACCAGCUCAGCGGAAUACAGAAACUUCGUUGAUAAUUUUACCAUGGAGAUGGAGAAAUUUUACAGAGAAAAGAAAGUGCAACAGCUUGACAAAGUGGUGGUAACCAAUGUUAGCCGAGCGGCCUCGCCAACGUUGAUGAGACGUUCGGCCUCUGCACUGGAGAGGCGCAGAUUAGCCGUCGAUGGUACGGCCACCCGCAGAGCUACACCACAAGGCGUCAACGUCAGCCACGAAGUGGUUUUGUUGAUCAAAAACGAUCCCACCUCUAACGAAGCAUAUCGGGACGAAGUGGAUACGAUCGAUGGGGCUCUGCAAUCGCUGAUUAAUUGCCAAACAGGUUGCCCCUACAAUGUGACAGAGAAACCGACUGUGGAUCAGACUGAAGUGAAUUUGAACACACUUUGCAACUCCAUCUUGGAUCCGGACGUGGCUCAGCACUACAAGGCCGUGAACCUCAGCAACACGCUGGUGUGCGUCACUCGAUGCGAUCAAAUAUACGGCCCGGAUUUUCUUCAAUGCUACAACGAUGGAGUGUGCAGAGUUUCCGUGGGUGUCGGUGCCAUUUGCAAUUGUAAGGAUUUGGGAUCCACAUGGUACUUAGGAAAUGACUGCGGGUUGCCCAUCCAAAAAGUUGCCUUCUAUGCCGGUUUGGUGGCCACCCUGGUUUGUCUACUCGUCACCAUAGCAGGCUUGACCGCGUACGUGAUCAUCAACAAGAAAGAGCAGACAAGGAAAAAAGACAUUAAAAAGAAGCUGGUGAACAACUGGAUCAGCGACGAAAUCGAGUGGUCCCGAUCCGAGAAACUCUCGACAGGCACCUUUAAUGCUGGACACCUGAACCCGACGUUCCCCUACGACGCGCCGCGGCGGACACCGCCGAUGCGCCAACACAACGACUCGAGACAGUCAGGCCGGUCCAGCCCGGCCGUGAGCAUGUACAGGCUCGACGGAGCGGCCCGCGGGAAUAACGGAUCGCUUCGCCCCAACGGAUUCCCUAUCUCUGAUCAAGAGAUGAGGAUCCAAAGGCCGCAGAUCAGGUCAUCGUGGGACGCCUGAGCGCCCCCCUUUUCAAAAACAAGCACCUUAAUGACUCAGCGGCAGCAACAACACUUUUCUUCGAAGGAAGCUAAUUUAUUGGAUCUCUUGUCUUACAACAUCUAAGCUGUAGAAAUGAAUUAUUUUAUCUGUAAAAGUAGCGAUUUUCCCUUCACGUAGUUGGAAAGUACGCUUUAGAACACUUUUGUUGAUUUAUUUUAUUUGGUCGGGACCAUGCGUGAAUGACAAUCAGCAAGAAAAUGCACUUUGCACCCCAACCCUCAGACCCUACUGAGCCUGAACGCUCGCACGUUUGGUUUCUGAAUCAAGUUGGUGUCGUUUUGGUUCUGUGCGGAAUGCUUGCAAAUAUGUAGUUGGGACUUUGUUCUACUCUAUUGUUGCUUUUGAAUGAAAAAAAAAAAAGCUGAUUAUCAACGGCUCGUUUUUCUUCUGGCUACUGCGAACCGGCGCGCUCUGCUCACCACUUCAAAUUCCCACAGCGGUCAACGAGCACACACGUGGCGGUGCGGUGGCAUAAACCGGGGGUCGGCAACACGCAGCUCUUGAGGCGCAUGCGGCUCUUUAGCGCCCCCCAGUGGCUCCCUAGAGGUUUUUCAACCUUUAUUUUA